UGUUUGCCGGCGGUAUCGGAUCCGCCUCCAUUUUAUCAGUGUGUACCGGCGAACACACACGGACGUGCUCAGUGCGAUCCGCCUGGAUUCGGAGAUCGCGUUAAAAACCGCAGCGUACUCGUAUCAGCGUUGGACGCGGGAGACGCUUUUGUUUCCUGGAGGACAUAAAGAAGACGAAGUGAUGCAGCGCCGAUUUAAACCGGCAGCAACACCCGCGGUCUGACUGCUGCAUAACCCCCCAAAAAUGUGCACUCUUACAGGCUGUUUAACAUGACACACUAACAUGAAAUAUUAUUAAAUAACCAUUCGCCUAUGCAGCGUGAGAUCCCGGUGAAGUUACCGACUCAACAAGCCUGAAGGAGCAGGAAGCAAGUUGGCACAGCUUCUGCGACUGAGAAUAACAUACCAAGAAAGAUCAUUAACACAUUGGGACACACACAUAGCUGUCCACCCACUGACACACACACACACACACACACAUUUGCAGAUGGCACUGGAAAACUCUACAUUCUCUUCUCGGCCCGAGUCCCUCUCUUUGCCGGUCCCAGAGAAGGGGGAGGUGCCUGCCGAGGAGACCAAAGAAGAUGCUCCUGUCACUGGAGUAUUUAAUGUAUCGGAGGAACUUGGGCACGUGGUAACCACAGAGACAUCACCCCCCCCACAAGUGUCCAGUAAUAACAACAUGUCAUUCCAGGACAAGAUGGCUGCUCGGGAAGCACAAGCCAAUCAGCCCCGAAAGAAGCUGCAAGGGGCAGGGCAGGAAUGGGGAAAGUUUGGCUGGGCACGCAGUAAGCGUAGGAGGCAACGAUAUGUGGAGAAAAAUGGCCGCUGUAACGUACAGCAUGGUAACAUGCGGGAAACGUACCGCUACUUGACGGACAUCUUUACCACUCUAGUGGAUCUGAACUGGCGCUGCUCGCUCUUUGUUUUUGUCAUGGCCUAUGCUGUAACCUGGCUCUUCUUUGGUGCUAUAUGGUACCUUAUUGCAUACUGCAGAGGAGAUUUGGAUCAUUUGGAAGAUGAUACGUGGACUCCAUGUGUGAAUAAUGUUAAUGGUUUUAUCUCAGCUUUUCUUUUCUCCAUUGAGACGGAGACCACUAUUGGAUAUGGCCAUCGUGUCAUCACCGACCAGUGUCCGGUGGGCACCAUGCUUCUGCUUUUGCAAGCCAUACUGGGAUCAAUGGUCAACGCUUUUAUGGUUGGCUGUAUGUUUGUGAAAAUCUCUCAGCCAAACAAACGGGCCGAGACACUAGUGUUCUCCCGGAACGCCGUCAUCUCUCUGCGGGACGAUAAGCUGUGUCUGAUGUUCCGAGUUGGCGAUCUAAGAUCCUCACACAUCGUUGGAGCCAACAUGAGAGCGAAGCUCAUCAAAUCCAAACAAACCCAAGAGGGUGAAUUCAUUCCUCUGGAUCAAACUGAUAUCAGUGUGGGCUUUGAGACAGGGGACGACCGCUUGUUCUUGGUGUCUCCGUUGGUCAUCUCUCAUGAAAUCGACUCGCGCUCGCCGUUCUGGGACAUGUCCCAGGCUCAGCUGGAGAAAGAAGACUUUGAGAUUGUUGUUAUUCUGGAGGGCAUGGUCGAAGCUACAGGUAUGACAUGUCAAGCACGGAGCUCCUAUUUGGGCGAGGAGGUGCUGUGGGGUCACAGGUUCAGCCCGAUGAUGUCACUGGCUGAAGGAUUUUUUGAUGUGGAUUACGGAGCAUUUCAUCAUACAUUUGAGGUGGACACUCCUUCUUGUUCAGCUCGAGAGCUCGCAUUAGCUGCUGCUCGUCUGGAAGCUCACCUCUAUUGGUCGAUCUCCAGCAGGCUGGACGAAGAGAAGUGGGAGGGGCCUAACCUGACCGAGCAAUCAAAAACCCCUGUUGAUUCUGAAUCCGUCAGUGGAAAAGAUGGAAGUGGACCUACGUUCAUUGUGGGUGGAGUUAUAGAUACACAGGAACAGCCAGUUGUAGGGGAGCAGAACGGCAGUGUCACUACAGACCAAUCAGAAACUGAGGCCUAACAGAAAGAAAAGUAAGAAUGCAAGUUUUUUUUUUAGGGUUAGAAAGAUAAUAAUAUAUUAGUUUUGAUUGUGAAACAAUCCAUGCCUUUUUUCCUUUAAAUCUUAUCCAUUUAGCCACUAAAGAAUAGCAUAGAAUAACUUUCCCCAACGGGGAAAUCUUAGUUACUUGGUUUGUUGGUUUUUAAAAGCAGACAUCUGAAAAACCGUCCUGCUUUAAAUUCCGGCAGGGUCUUUUCAUGGAUGACAUUAGGUUUCUUGAGGCUAUUCAUUAUCCGGAAUUUUAAAUAAUUACACAGGGUAUGUCUCCUUUUACUAUACAUAAUAUAUCCAUUCUGAGGCAUGGCUGGUUCGGCAGUUUGUAAAAUAAAGAUAACCUAGCUAUACUACAGUUGACGGAAGUGCCACGUAACUAGUUAUUUUAUUAUAAAUCCUUGCGGUUAUCCUCAUCAGCAUUUAAAAUGAUUUUUGUGCCAGGAAUUUAUUGGUAUUCCUAUCUGUUUUUUCAGUACAGUCUCUCUAAUGCAGGAAAUUAAUCUAAUAGGCAAGUGAAAUUGUCCUUUUUGUUUAAAAAAAACAAACGAAAUCGUACAGUAUCGGUGUCUGUUAUUUUAAUGUCACUGUCAGCCUUACAGACAUAUCUUGCACAGAGUUCACGUUUCCCCCCCCCUUUCAAUGUAACAGAGGUUUGUUACUUACUGUAACUAUUCUUUAAACCAGUUCUUAUAUACUGUGCAUAUGUCGUAGGGAUGAUACACCUUAAACCUUUCAGAAGAAAUGCUAAACUAGUGUCAAAGAUUAAUGACCUGAAAGAAUAGUUUAAUGAAAAAAUGGUAGCAGAGCUCUACAUAAAGCUCUACAUAAAGCUAGUAGGCGUCACUUGGCACUAUGCCACACACAUCAUGUUAAUUAAUGAGUACUGGCUUUUAUUGAUACUAAGCCAUGUCAGCGUUUUUGCUCCUACUAUUCAUUUCAUGGCUGCGCUCUUGUCUUCAGAGCUGCCAAUAAAUUUAUGAUGAAUUACGUUGGUGAGUGCAGGCUACUCUGAUGGAACAUAUUCCACUAAUAUGCUAGUCCAUUCUAUUCUUGGAAGCUGCCCAGAACCUAAGCAUGUCUAAUGCACAGUUUAAUUAUUCCUGUAAUGUCCUAUGGAAGGGAAACCUGCUGGUGCCUUUUCUGAUGUUUCUGUACCUUACAAGGAAUUAGAUCUCAGUGUAAUACUAUUUUAUAGCCAUAAAAUAUACUAAUUAUGAUAUUGAAGCAUCAUUAUUCAAGCUAUACAAUAAUGCAAACAGUCAUUCAAAUUAUUGUAUUCUAUUACUCAGUAACAUAUAGAUGAAAGAAAAUUAAGGCAUAGACCACGUACAUUCUGAUAACCUGGUAUAUAACUAGAUUGUGAUAAGCCUUCUUAUUCUAAGAUGAAUGUCAUAUUUAAGCUUGCUUUAAAAAACUGUUAUCAAUUUUAUGUCAUCUUCUGAGUUAAUGACAUGUAUUAAGGAGUUGUGUCAUUUCAUUGUUAUUUAGCAGUGACUGCAGUUGACAGGCAGCGUAGUUUGCCAAAGACCAAGAGCUUGAAGGUGAUGCCAUAGUAACUGUUGAGUAUAGCAAGUUGAUGCGAGCUGAGGGAAAAAAGCACAAAAAGUAGAAAUAUUUAUGACAAUCAACCUCUAUAUACUGUACUAAAUAUAACUUAGGCUAGUUUUAGAUUUUUUUUAUUUAAAACAUUGUUUUCUCAUGUCAUAGUAUUUGUCUAUUAUGUAUUUUAUUUAUAUGUUGCCAUUACACUAUAUGGUACUAAGGUUAGUUCACGUCCCAAAAGCUGACCAUAAACACUCAUUAUGCACUCAUAAGUUUAUCCCAUAAAUUUUAACAUUACUUUUGACCAUAUGAUGCAUGAAACCAUUGUAUGUGGGCCAAAGUUUGAACCAGUUAUGAACACUGACAUCCUGGGGUAUCUGUGCUAUUAUUUUCUACCUAUACCGGCAUCAGGUAUAGUGGUACCAUGAACACAUCACAAACUUUUUCUGGAUAUGAAACUGUUUUAAAAUAAAACAACUAUAAAAUUCCUUAUAUACUUAUUAUUAUAAACUUAGAGGUAUGUUACUAAAAUCUAGUCUUAGAGGACCACAGCUUGGCACUUUCAAGUGGUCUAUUCCAAGUUUUAGGGUUUGAGGGUAGAAUUAUCCCUGACAAAGUAGCAGUUUUUAAAAAAAGAUAAAAACAGCAUCAUGGAAUUUGGUAGAAAAACUUUCAGCCAAUAGUCAUAUGGCACCAAACACAAAGCGCCUAGCCAUAUGUCAGACAUAUCAUUGCGAACCAUAUUAUAAUUAUGUAAUUUCUCAACCAUUUGGUAAAGUUCUAAACCAGUUUGCUGCUUAUAACAAUUUUACAGUGCGUUAUGGGAACAUGCAUAGUCUCAAGGUACUGUGACCAUAUCCUAUAGACAAUAGACGGUCUCUGUCUAUAUACUGUACAUAUUAUAUGAAUCUAUAUACCCAUUAAAUCAUAUGAACACUCACCAGUAAUAUCAGUUAAGAAGUCUUGUUAUUGUAUGCGUUGUAGCAGUUGGGAGGUUUGGUAAUGUAGUAAGAACACUAACUAGACACAGCCACUGUUUAAUGGUUUCCUUGCUCCAAUGCACCUGAAUUCAUUUAAUUAAAAACUGAUAAGACAAGACACAGAGCAUGCAAGAUGCUAAGUGGUUCAAAGCUUAAGUUAUUUAAGUAUAAACGCCCUAAAAUAAAUAGAUUUAGAGUAAGAAUAUGUAGAGUAGGUGCGUUUAAUAUUUAACACAACUAUUUGCCUAGCACAAUGUUAAUUAAUUACUUUCUAUAUAUGCUUUGGUUAGAGAUGUUUUUGACUUUACUUUGGUAAUUCUUGAAUAUGCAUUGAAACAAGCAUUGUAUUUUAAAGUCCUCCUUUGCAUAUAGGGCAAAUUGCAAUUAAUAAUUUCCCUACUUCCUGGCCUACCCAGUCUAAAAUUUUAAAACCAUGGGUGCCAUGAUUGUGGGAAUUAAUGAUGCAGGUGCAGAUUUUCCUUUAUUAAACACCCUGAAAUAUAUCAGAACAACCAGCAGCAGGAACAGCAACACUAUGACAACUCUGCCUUCUAAGAUGUGGCUUCCCAGUUGUUGCUACGGGUAAACAAGGGUAAUCUAACCAUUUUUGGAAGUCAUCCGUCUGAUGCCAAAUCUGUAAUGGGGUUAUGGCUGGAACAAUUAAUAAGAGCUGGGCUGGAACUUGGUAUGGAAGCUGAGCUGCAAUUUUGCACGGGAGCCAGGAUUGAUCUUGGUAAGGACAAGCAGGACGUGACAAUUCACAAGUCUUUGGGGCAGGGGGGCACCUAUUGGGUCCCCAGGCAAGUGCUUGCUUGGGGCAGGACUAGUGGUCAUAGCAGAGGUGGUCACUUCGUCAUGGGCCUAUGGCAAGACUCUGACUGGAACAGGGCUAGGGCUUGGGAUAAGGAGGCUGUGCCAUGGGCUUUUAAUGGGCUUUUUUUCCCGGUAACUGGGACAGGGUUAGACAUGGCUGGGAUAGAGCAUGGCAUGUCUGGGGAAGGACAAGACGUGGGAGGCCAAUUCGUCAACCUCCUUCUGCCACUAGAGUUGGGAGGUUCCCACAGAGUGCUGGGCUGAAAAUGGUGCUAUGGCGGCUGCCAUGUUGACUUCCACAGAGCAUUUCUGGAAUCACCCUAACGCUCUUUGCUGUUGGCUUUUACAGGAAACAUUGUGUGGGAAGCUGCUCUGUUGCCUUCACCUGUUGGGUUGUGUUUGGGUCAAAACAAGAAGGUCUAAUGAAACAGAACUCUGACUUGGACUUAAGGACAAUAAUGCACAAUAAGCUUUGGAUGAUACAGUGAAAAGCAGAAUGUUCAGUAUGUUCGGAAACUAAUAAAAAAAAUAAUCACAAAAAACUGAAGAACACCAUCAUGUAACAGAUGACUGAUUGGGUGGGGUUUGUAAUAGGAUCAAAAGGGAAACUAUAAUCUAUUUGUCUUGGGAACUGCAACAUAAAUGGGGGAUUGUGACAGUUAUGCAGUCAUAAAAUUUUUCAGACACACGUAUUAUAGAUAUUACCCCUUAAAAUAAACUAUUCUAGCACAGAAUCAUAUCUAGAUAAGAAAUAUGAGCCAGUGUAAGGCUGGUUAGCAAAGUUUUGGUUUGAUCUUCAAAAUCAUAUUCAAGAUAAGAUUAGAGUAUUGUAUAGAUCUGUUAUUUAAUUUA